AUGUCGCACGAUCAUUCUCUGGUGCCACUCUGGCAAAUCCCUGGAAUCAUCAAAGAAACUGAACACACUAUUAUUCGUCAAGCACAGAUGGAUAUGCAUGCUUCAGAAAUCCAAUGCCUCCAAGCUGGCAAGAAUCUUCCAAAAUCCAGUCCGAUCAGAGCCUUGUCACCAAUACUAGAUGAGAAUGAUAUGCUACGCGUUGGAGGACGCCUCGGGAAAUGCUUAAAGAUGGAUGUUUCAGAGACAAACCAUAUCAUCCUGCCCAAAGGACAUCAUGUCACAACCCUCAUCAUUCGCUACUACCAUGCCAACGUCAAACACCAAGGUAGGCACUUUACAGAGGGUGCAGUCCGUUCUGGAGGUUUCUGGGUCAUAGGCGGCAAGAGGAUGAUAGCCUCUAUUGUUCGCAAAUGCAUACCAUGUAGAAGACUACGUGGAAAACUUGAGUGGCAGAAAAUGAGUGAUUUGCCACUCGACAGACUGAAAGUUUGUCCACCAUUUUCGUACGUUGGGGUGGAUGCCUUUGGUCCCUGGGAGAUAGUUGCACGACGGACAAGAGGUGGUCUUGCUUAA